CUCAACAAAGAAAUCAACACCGCAUAAUUCUAGCUCACGCAAAAUUGACCAAUCGCCGCCGCCCAAUGGAUCUCCCGCCUCCGCCUCCACCGCCGCCGCCUGCCUUCAGCCGCCACCACCACCUCAGGUAUGAGAACGUCCUCCACCCUCCUGAUUUCCUCCCCCCACCACAAACCCCUUCGUUGAAUACUCCUCUUCCACCACCGCCUCCUCCUCCUCCGCCUCCCCUACAAAUUCAUCACAUGUCUCCAACCCUCCAUCCUCCGCGAUUUGCUUUCUCUCCGCCGCGAUAUCCAAUUAUUGAGCGAUCCCUCCGUUACGAAUUCGAUCCGCUACAAAAACCCUAUAUCCACCCCACCCUUCCUCCGCCUCCGCCUCCACCUCCACCGCCACCGCCUCCGAGAGAUGACGUACCCUUGCGAGUUGUUCGUGAUUAUCCCGAGAGGAAUCUUGUCUUUGAACAUGACAAUUUUUCUCGGGGUCGUAUUGAUGAUAUACGUGAAUUGCCUGGGAAUUGGGAUCGAGAUUUAGGUUGGGGUGCUCCGAGAGCUCAUAGCAGGGUUCCGGAGACUGAUAGAGGGAUUAUUGAUAGAUAUCGUGAUGUAAUUCCUGAGAGUUUUGAGCUGUGUAGAAAGAGGGAUGAUGGCAGGAUAUGGGAUAGUGGACUUCGUGAUUGGGGUUCUGAAUUGGACAGGAGGAGGGAAUAUGAUGAAAGGGGAUGGGAUAGUGGUAUGAAUGAUCGAAAUCGUGACUUGUACAGGGAGCGUGAUUAUGAUGAGAGGAGAUGGAAGGAUACUGGUAUGAAUGAGCGAAAUCGUGACUUGUACAGGGAGCGUGAUUAUGAUGAGAGGAGAUGGGAGGAUACUGUUAUGAAUGAUCGGGGUCGUGACUUGUACAGGGAGCGUGAUUAUGAUGAGAGGAGAUGGGAGGAUACUGUUAUGAAUGAUCGGGGUCGUGACUUGUACAGGGAGCGUGAUUAUGAUGAGAGGAGAUGGAAGGAUGCUGGUUUGAAUGAUCGGAGUAGUGACUUGUACAGGGAGCGUGAUUAUGAUGAGAGGGGAUGGAAGGAUACUGGUAUGAAUGAUCGGAGUCGUGACUUGUACAGGGAGCGUGAUUAUGAUGAGAGGGGAUGGAAGGAUACUGGUAUGAAUGAUCGGAGUCGUGACUUGUACAGGGAGCGUGAUUAUGAUGAGAGGAGAUGGAAGGAUACUGUUAUGAAUGAUCGGGGUCGUGACUUGUACAGGGAGCGUGAUUAUGAUGAGAGGAGAUGGAAGGAUACUGGUAUGAAUGAUCGGGGUCAUGACUUGUACAGGGAGCGUGAUUAUAAUGAGAGGAGAUUGGAUACUGGUAUGAAUGACUGGAGUCGUGACUUGUACAGGGAGCAUAGUUUUGAUGAGAGGAGAUGGGAUAGUGGUAUGAACAAUCUGGGAGACAAGGUGUAUAUUCAGAUGGAUGAUGAUGAGAUGAGACGGGAACAUAGCAGAUCUGCUGGAGUUUUGUCUCGACUGGGAAACAGGCAACCAGAGCUUCCUCAGAGUGAUCUAAGGUUUGGUAGGGUUUUGUCUCGACUUGGAAACAGGCAACCAGAAUAUUCUGAGGCUGAUCAGAGUUUGGGUGGAGUUUUGUCUCGAUUGGGGAACAGGAAACCAGAAUUUGCUGACGACAAUCCGAGUUUGGGUAGAUUUAGUGGUAGGUUAGGGGCUGGGGUUUGCAAUGUUGAUAAUGGGGAGUUGAUUUGGCCUGAUAAGAAGAAGAGAUUGCAGAAAAAGAAUACAUUACUUAGGACUCAACAAGGAAAAAUUCGCAGCAGGCACAUUGGAGGUUUUAAAUCUCAACACUUGGCAAACGACUCCAAUAGAGGUAGUUUCAAGGUCAAGGAAAAAGGAUCUGCGAAGAUGCAGACAAGAAUGGAAGUUAACAGAGAGAGGGAGCAGAGUCCUAUGGAGCUUUCUAUUUCAUUCAAGUCAAAUGCUCUUGUGGCAAAGGCUAUUCAGGUGUCACCUCAUCCAUCUACUGAAUUAAGUGUAAGGUCAAAUUCAGUGAAAGAAAGAACAGGGUGUGAUGUGUCUGCUUUGCCUGCCGCCAAACAGGAUAUAGUUUCAGAUUUCCAAUUUGAUCCACAAGAAGCUUCACAAGAGCAUAUUGAUAUAGGAGCAACAAAGCACCCUUUGCUUGGAGCCGAUCCACAGAUGGAAAGAGAAAAUCAUGCCAUCGAAGUUGAUGCUUGUCAACCCUUGGUUCCUAAAUUGAAGAGAAAAAGGAGCAAUUUGAACGCAAGACACGGGCUGGAGCGGAAACAGAACACUUUGAACACAAGACCUGCAUCGUCAUAUGUGGUCCAUGAUGUAAUGACCAAGUGUUCUGGUCGUUCUGGGGGAUUGGUAACUACAACUGAGGAUGCUGACCAUGUGCACCAGUUGCGAGCUGAUGGGGUUGCACAUCAGGCACAUGAAAACUUUUCAUCUCAAGAGAAAGCUGAUCGUGGAGACAGUCUGGACGUCAAUCAGGAUAUGAACAUUUCAAACAAAUAUGUACACGAUAAAGCUUUUGUAUGUGAUGCAGAUAGGGGUGCAAUUAAGCCUGCUAGCCAAUAUACUAAAUUUGGUAGAGAUAUAGAAGAUGAAGUUAGCGAACAUCCUAAUAUGGGUGAGGCAAUGCAAAUUAAAGGGCAUCCUAUCAUCUCUGAUGUUGGAUUUAAAGAUGCUAACUCAAAGGACUUUCUCCAGCCCCAUGAUGAUAUGCCCCAAGUUAUGUCUGAUGCAAAGCAAUUCAGAAGUUUAGAAGGUGCUGCUGUUACAGAUUGUCCAAAUGUUGCUUUUGACAUCUCAGUCGGUUCCUGCAUACUUUCGGCGAAUAAUAAGGAGACUUCACCUGAAUUUGAAGCAUCUUUUCCAGAUAAUAUGGGAACUGUUCUCCCACAUAAUGUUUACUCUAUUGAAGGAUCUCCCGAGAUGAUAAGUGGCAGAGAAAUUUGUGUGUCCAUUGAUAAUUCAUCCUCCAAGGUGAUAAUUGACAGUGAAACUUGUAUACCUGUUGCGAACUCAUCCAAGGUUACUAGGAAGAGGGAACAUAGAGGUGAUCAGAUGGGUGUUUCUCGUACGAAGACCAAUGUGAAUGUUGAAACAGUUAGAUUCACUGAUGGUGGAAACACGAGCUGUUUGCUAAAGGAUAUUGUUCCUGCAAUGGAUGGUGACUUUGUUGGUGAGAAAGACAGAUGCAAGGAGGUUAAUUGCUUACAAGAAGGCCCAUCUGGAGCACAGAAUUCAGACCUAGAGGUUCAUGUUACUGCAAAUGGCUCAUCCCAAGGCUCCCAGAAGAAGCAGAAACUUUCCAGCCCAAGAUCGAGUAUUUCAUCUCUUUCUGAAGAUGAUACAAUUGCAGAUGGGUUCAGUAGUCCGCUAAUUCUUGAGCAGCAUCCCACCAGGCCAUCUGAAUUGGGAGCUGAGCAAAGUGGGAAUACUUCAUCAGCACCCACAACCAUCUCACAAUGUCGAACCAUAGAUGCACGAGGUGAAGACUUAAAUGUUGCAAAUCAGGACGAGAAUCUGGUAGAUAAAGACAUAUUACUAGGGAUUGAUGAUCUGGCUUUAAUUACUAGUGGCAUAUCGUGUUCUUACAGAAAUGGUCCCAGUGCUUCUGAUUCUGGAGAUGAAUCGUUAGCAUCUAGCGUUGACAUGCGAUCUUGCAUGUCUUCUCCUGAAGGGCUGCAAGUUUACUCGGAUUCAUGCAUUUCCAGAAACACUGAGACAUCCGCCUGCCUAUCAGAUACUGAAAUGAUUUGUCGGAGUGACAAAAUAUCCCACAAAAAGAAUGUGUUUGCUGAUCCAAAUACCAAUUCUCUUGGGAAAUGUUUAGAGGAAGCUGUGAACAAAUCAGAAACUAAUCAUGUCGCGCCACAAUCUCUACUUAAGAAUACCAGUCAGUUUGUCAAGAAAUGUUAUCCAGUACAUGGUAAACUUACUUGGAGUAAGGACCAGGUUCCUUCUGCCGUUACUAAAGUUUUUCCUGUGCAGCAUCCUUCAAAUUUUAGUAAUACGAAGAAAUUGUAUCCUUCUCAUGCCACAAAAUCAAGGACGUGGUGUCGAACUGUUGACUCCACUGCUUCAGUUGCGAAACCUAAAGUAAAACCUCCUGUUCCUCAGAGUAAUGCAACGAAGGCAGCUGGACCUAUACAGAGUUCAUACAUACGAAAAGGAAAUAGUCUAUUGAGGAAAAAUUCCCCAUCAAAUGACACUUCACAUGGAUUCCCUGGUUCAAGCUGCUCAGUUUAUCGGCCAAGUCCUUGCACCAAUACUAUAAAGAGUGACCUGGAAUCUGAGUACAAGACUGGUGAUGCUGAUUCAUUAACUCUGAAAAGAACAGGGAAGGUAAACACUUCUGAAAUGACAAAAGCAAUGACCCAAAAUCGUAAUUGGAACUCAUUAAGUUGCAGUACUUGCACCUUGGAGGAGCCUUUACCCGUCAGUAAUCCUCACAACAAUGAUUUUCCGUCUAAAACUUUAGAUGUCAUGGAGGAGAGGAUAAAGUAUUCUCCGGCCCCUGAAUGCGGAACUGAUUCAGUCGUCGUCUCAGAUAGCCCAAGUACAUCCGUAGAAGGGAAUCCUGGGAAGAAGGUUAUUUAUGUCAAGAGGAGAUCGUAUCAAUUGGUUGCGACUUCUAAUUCUGAUGAUAAGUCUAUAUUAGGGGUGGAUAGUACACAGCCACGAUUAUCUGAUGGUUACUACAAAAGUAGGGAAAACCAGCUUUUAAGAGCAUCACCAGAAAAUCAUGUCAAAAGAGGGAAUGAGGAUGCUACUGCGUCUGGAUUGGUGCCUCACUCAAUUAUUCCUAAAAUUCCCACUAGGAGGCAAUCUAGUCUUGCCAAGACUAGCAGAUCAUCAAAAUUUUCAUUUGUGUGGAAAUUACAUGAUACACAGUCUUCAGAAAAGCAUAAGAAUUCAUUGAGACCUCGGAAAGUCUGGCCGCAUUUGUUUUCUACUAAAAGAGCUGCUUAUUGGAAAAGUCUUAUACAGGGUAUAAACCCGUCUCAUUCUAACAUCAGCCAAAAGCUGCUGGUGUCAAGAAAGAGAGGUGCAAUUUACACUAAAUCGAGUCAUGGAUAUUCUCUUAGGAUGUCAAAAGUCUUAAGUGUUGGCGGUUCUAGUUUAAAGUGGUCAAAGUCCAUUGAAAGGAGUUCAAGGAAAGCAAAUGAGGAAGCUACAAGAGCUGUUGCUGCUGCUGAGAAGAGGAAAAAGGAAGAAAAGGGUGCUGUUCACAUUGCUUCAAAGAGCAGAAACCAUGUUUCUCGUAAGUGGGUUCUUAAUGUAAAGCUGCGUCCAGGUGAACGAAUAUUCCGUAUUGGUUCAGAUCGCUACAAAAUGGAUCCAACAAGGAGGACUCUUCAGAGGAUCACAGACAAAGAAUCAUCAUCAUCAGUUGCUCCUCAAUCUAAAAAGAAUGUUAAGAGAUCUUAUAUUCCCAAGAGAUUAUUGAUUGGCAAUGAAGAAUAUGUUCGCAUUGGAAAUGGUAACCAGCUGAUUAGAGAUCCAAAGAAACGUGUUCGUGUCCUUGCAAGUGAGAAAGUUCGCUGGAGUUUGCGAACUGCUCGAUUGCGAUUGGCUAGAAAGAGUAAAUAUUGCCAGUUCUUCACUAGAUUUGGAAAGUGCAACAAGGAUGAUGGGAAGUGUCCAUACAUCCAUGAUCCCUCUAAAGUAGUAGUCUGUACGAAAUUCCUGGCUGGUUCAUGCACCAAUGUUGACUGCAAAUUGACCCACAAGGUUAUCCCUGAGAGGAUGCAAGAUUGUUCAUAUUUUCUGAAAGGGUUGUGCUCCAAUGACAAUUGUCCUUAUAGACAUGUACACGUCAAUCCUGAUUCAAGUGUUUGUGAAAAUUUCCUCAGAGGCUAUUGUGCUGAUGGCAAUGAGUGCCAGAAGAAACACACCUAUACCUGUCCGGCUUUUGAAGCAACUGGAGUGUGUCCUCAAGCAUCAACUUGCAAGCUGCACCAUCCAAAAAAGAAGAAAGAAAAGAAGCCAACGAUGGAGCAAAAGGUUGUAAGAGGGCGCUACUUUGAUGGUGGACUUGUUGGAGUUGAUGACUGGAGCUCAGCAUCAGCAGCAGCACCAGCGGUAGAGAAGCUCGCCACGAGAGGUAAGGAUGACAUAGGCUUACUAAGCGCUGGUUCUAUCCCAGGUGGGAAUAGUGAAAGAAAGAGAAGGGGAAGAAGCGGGGUAGAGGAAUUGGUCAACUCAUCAGGCUCAUGA